GUCGCCUUUUGCGACGCAAAUAAGAAAAAACAAGGCGUAUUCUGUGGCCGUGCCGAGCCGGUCGGGUGUCGGUGCACACCCCAAGGAUACGGGUACUGUGCGCGUACCACAUUACGUACGGCGCUUCGAGAACGUUGGUGACGCGUCAGAGAUUAACGUUUCCCGUUUGUCACGCCAUCAGACCUGAAGCAGAAAGUGUGUACGAUUGCUGCGCCUCCCGUUGGAUUCCAAGUGAAGCCAAGCACGUGGCAGCGACCGUGGUGUGCAGUGGUGCGGCGAGCGAAGGGCUCGCGGUGUGCGUGAACGUGCUUUUGGUCAAUUCGUCGUCUUCCUCGCCGCUUAAAAGAGCCGGGGAUUCUAUUUCCCACUGACCCGGUGUCCAGUGGCUUGGGUCUUCCGCCCUAGCCAUGGAGCCGGCAGCACCAGCAGCGGCAGCCGCCACAGCAGCCAAUGGGGUAGGCAGCAGUGGAGGGGCCUCGACUGACUCCAUCCGGACUCUGGACUCGGUUUCCGAACUCUUCCGGCUGCUCGAGCAAUGGGAGUCCCAGAAUGGGACUGGAGCUGACCCCAUCCCUGUGCUCACGAGCAUCGCAGAGCUCGUCGAGAAAGAGACCGAGGCAUACCUCAAGAUGGAUCCGGACCCAUUUGACGACCGGCAUCCGAGCCGUGCCCACCCUGACUGUACCCUAGGCCAUCUACUCAAAGCGCUCUUCAAGAACGACGAAUUCAUGAACAAGUUGGUGAACAAUUAUGUGCUCAGCCGUGAGGGCGGUAACCUAAGCACCAUCGCCUGUCGUCUUCUCCUGGACAUCCUGCCGGGACUGGAGACAUCCGUCGUGUUCCAGGACACGGAAGGGCUGGUGAGCCGGCUUCUCCAGUGGGCUGAGUCGGAGAGCACGCCCCCGCUACUGCAUGCGUACGCCACGGGCCUGCUGGCAGCUGCCAUGGAGGUGCAGGACAUUGCGGCCAACUACCGGGAGGCCAACGCCCGCCUGGUGCCGGCCAUGCUGCGGCGGCUCUGGGAGCUUGCACAGGUGACCCCCGAAGAAGUCGUGUGCCGCCCGCCGGAGCGGCCCUUCUGCCACCUCAAUGGCGCAGCCACAGAUGGCCCGCUGUCCACACCGCAGCAGGCGACAGCGUUGCAGCAGCAGCAGGGGCCGCCACACAAGAGCCCCUCGGAGACGCCCCUGAUCAGCGAGUGUUCCAACAGCAGCUGGGCCGAGCUGGAGCCUCUCAUGAUCGGCUCGCAACAGGUGUUUCCCCUGACAGUGGAGAUGCAGCAGCGGCUGAUCCUCCAGUACCUGACCCCACUGGGCGAGUACCAGGAACUGCUGGGGGCCGUGCUGGAGGCCAAGACGCUACACCUGCUGCUGCACUAUGCCAACCUCAAGGAGAACCGCGACGUCCGGCUGGCCUUCGAGGCGCUCAAGUACCUGGCUGCCUUGCUGUGCCACAAGAAAUUUGCCCUGGAGUUCAUCGCCGUGGGAGGCCUGCAGCGUCUGCUGGAGGUGCAUCGGCCGUCAGUGGCCGCGACAGGUGUCUCUAUCUGCCUGUACUACCUGGCCUACUCCGAGGAUGCCAUGGAAAGGGUUUGCAUGCUUCCACAGUCUGUCCUGGCUGACUUGGUUGCGUAUGCCCUGUGGCUAUUGGAGCGAUCCCACGAUUCCAGCCGUUGUCACGCGACCAUGUUCUUUGGCCUGGCAUUCCCCUUCCGGUCACUGCUGGAGCUGUUCGACCAGCAGGAUGGGCUACGCAAGCUCCUCAACGUAAUGAGCACCCUCGACGUCUUUGUCCGCGGCAGCAGCAACGACUCGGCGUCUCCUUCGGAUGACCAAGUGUUCGCCAGCCGCCAGACGGCGCGGCACGUCUGCGCGGCCCUCAAACGCUACUUCGAAGCGCACCUGGCACACAAGGCAGACCACCUGCGGAGGUCGCAUGCCCGCAACGCCACCGCCAGUUCCAGUGGCGUCAGCGUGAGCUUGUCGUCUUCCCCUCCACCUUCGCAGUCUGCCUCCACGACGACUCCUUCUGCGUCAAGGAGUCUCGAGCCGUGGUCAUCAUCUGGCGCCACCGCCAUGACGGCGUCAACAGUGGUGUCAGCAGUGCCCGGCUACCGGUGCAGGGCGUCGCGCUUCACGAUCGAGGCAGUGUCGGAAAACAUGUGGACGCUGCUGGAGCUGCUGCCCGCGCGGGCGCGCUGGACCCCCGUCGAAGACCUGGUGCGGUUGGGCGGGGUGUCUCUGCUGCUGCAGACGGUGGCGCUCUCCUACGACUGGAACCACUCCGGCAAGGCGGACACGGUGCGCGCCGCCCUCGACGUGCUCGCCGUCUGCUCGGUGGUGCCCCGGGCCCAGAUCGCCCUGUGCCAGAACGUGGCCCUGCCUUCGGGGCAGGUCCGAUCUGCUGCCGGCAUGAGUGUUAUAUUAGCUGCAGCUGAUGGGGAAAUUGUUGCUGACCCCGAUGUCCAGAGGUCGGCCCUCAACGUCGUCAUCAACUGUGUCUGUGGGCCCAUGUCGAGGUUAGGAGGCAGCGUCGGACGAGUUGUGUCGGGCAGCGUGCGGAAGCGGGCUGCAGUCAAGAGCGGCGAGGACUUGCUGAGCAAGAUGUGGAACUGCGUCCGGGCCAACAACGGCAUCAUGGUGUUGCUGAAUCUGCUGACUGUAAAGAGCCCCAUCACCGACGCAGAUUCCAUGCGUGCCCUCGCUUGUAAAGCACUGUGUGGCUUGGCGCGCUGUAGCACAGUGAAGCAAAUCAUCAGCAAACUCCCCCUCUUCACCAGUGGGCAGCUUCAAGUGCUUAUGCGAGAGCCUGUCCUCCAAGACAAGCGGCAGGAGCAUGCCAAGUUCUGCACCUCGUGCAUCGAACUGGUGGAGAGGGUGACCGGGGCACCCCUGAGCCCUGGGAUGGAGUCCUCAUUGGCCAAGAUCAACAAGUCUGAAGUGGUGGCACAGACGAAGAUCAGCUACCGCGAGAAGGACCUCCUGCAGCUCAUAUACCAGCACCUCCAAGCCAAAGGUUUGACGGACACUGCGGCCUUGCUGCAAAAAGAGGCGGGACUACCUGCACGGCCCACGUGUGGUAGCUCGGCACAGCCCCAGUGGUCGGCCAACACUGUCUGCACCCCACGAACAGUCCGGCCACUACGGUCAGGAUCAUUGGGUUCUGCCUCCCUGACACCCAACUCGUCGGCGGAGAAGAUUCCAUCGGUGACCUGUCUGAACAGGAACGGUGCCGUGACCCCCAUCCGCGGUGACUCGAGCAUCGUCCCACGGCAGCUGCAGAACCACGCGAUGACGCCUGCCCCCUCGCCGUCGAUGCCGGCGCUCCAGAAGCGCAGCGGCACGUACCAGCCGUCGCCGGUGCUCAAGCGGCUGUCGUACACGUCGACGGGAUCCACCAUGCCCACCUCGCACCCGCCGCACUCGCUGUCGCUAGACAUGAUCGUCAAGGAGUACCUCCGGAACCAGCACGCCCUAUGCAAGAACCCUGUGGUGGCCUGCCCUCCCUUUGAGCUGUUUGUACCACACCGGUGUCCAGAACCGCAGUACCGGAAUGCUGCACCCACGAGCAUGGCGGCCAGGCUGCAGCGCUGCCAGGUGUUUCCCCCGGCCGGCGGAUUCGACGGUGCCAAGCUUCACCGCAAGUUUGUGUACAGUCGGUUUCGUUCGGUGCGGACCUUCCGAGACCCUGAUGGCACAAGCAGCUACUCUUGCUGUGCGUUUUCAGCUGGCUCCCAGUAUCUGUUCCUUGGCACCCUGGUCGGGGAGCUGCAUGUCUACAAUCUCUACACAGGCCUGGAGGAAGCAACUUACUCGUGCCACGAGUCGGAACUCACACACUGCCAGCCAUCAAAGGACGGGAAAUUCUUGCUCACCUCAUCUGCGUGGCGGAGACCACUGUCAUCGUUGUGGAGCUUCACAGAUGUCUUCGACCAGAAGCUUACAUUUGACGACGACUACUAUGUGGAGUUCGGCAAGCAGUCGCUGGACCGGGUGCUGGGCACGAGGCACGAGACGGCCCACAUCUACGACACGUCCACGGGGGCCCUGCUCUCGACGCUGCGCGACGCCGACCUGUCGAACCACUACACCCGCAACCGGGCCACCUUCAACCCGACCGACGAGCUGGUGCUCUCGGAUGGCGUGCUCUGGGACGUGCGCUCGGUGUCGCCCCUGCACAAGUUCGACAAGUUCAACCCCCAUGUCAACGGUGUCUUCCACCCCAAUGGACUUGAGGUGAUUUCGAACUCUGAAGUGUGGGACUUGCGGACUUUCCGGCUCCUGCACACGGUGCCGGCUCUGGACCAGUGCCAGGUGACCUUCAACGGUGCCGGCGAUGUGUUGUAUGGCGCUGUGCUCACCGAGGAUGACGAUGACUCGGCACGGCUUUUUAGCUCUUCAUUCAGAACCUUCCAUGCGUCGGACUACUCCUCCAUAGCAACAAUCGACAUCAAGCGCAACAUCUACGAUCUCAAGCCUGAUGAGUCGGACUACUUCCUAGCUGUUGUGGAGAACCAGGGCACCAGGGAUGCCACGAUGAGCAGCUCGGAGAGCAUCUGUCGUCUCUACGAGGUCGGUCGGCAACGAGAGGAGGACGACGACGAGGAUGCAGAUGACGACGAGUCUGACAAUAUGGGUGAAGAGGACACCGAUGAGGACGACGACGACGACUCCGGUGAAGAUGAAGACGUGGAAGACAUGGAAGCCGACGAGCAUGAUAACGAAGAUGACGAUGGUGAUGAUGUGGCGUUCAGCCUCUCGGACGUGAGCGAGGAUGGACCCGAUGAUUCGGACGAUUCGGAUGAUUCGGACGAAGACCAGGUACUUUUUGCGCUGAACGAAAUCUGAGCUUGGAAGUGCCACAAGUCAUGGCCGCAGCUGCAAACCCGGUGUUUCGCGGAGUGUGAAGAGAAGAGAGAGAGAAAAAAAAGAAAACUGUCUUUUAAUUUAUAUAGAUUUGUAAGAUACUACAACGUGACUAUGGCCGACUGGCAGAGAGGACAGUCUGCUCACUGUGAUUGAUUUCUCUUCCCAUCUUUUUGUAAUGCAAGAUUACGAGCUGCGGUGAUGGACCGUCAGUGUGCGGCAACACGCUCGUGUUUUUCUCGUGACGCGUCGACAGGACUCGGCGUCCGACGUAUGCCGUGAUGUUCAUGUCUGCGCAAGUACCGAAGACAAGAUUUUUUUCAUUCUCCUCUAUCCAGCCCCCUUGAAUUCUUUAGGCCUCCUCUCCCGCCCCCCCUCUCUUUCCCAAGUUCCAUGCACCAUGCUCCCGUUUUUUUAUGUUGGCAGCACAGGCUGCCGUGCGAGCUGUGUUUACCAGCUGGCCACUAAUUGCCUCAUGCGCUCCCCGGCCACGUGCAUGUACACUCCCAUUUUGCUUGUUGCCAUUUCCUUCCCACCAGCCCACACAUUUCCCUGUUGCGUGCUUUCUUAAUUUAUAAUUUGUUACAUUGCAUGCUGACAGAAUCUCGCUCGCUGGGCUGAAGCAAGCUUGUGCGAGCGUUAGAUUGACAAAAUUGUAGGUACAGUCAAAUGCCUUUAUAACAAAAUGCUUGGGCACUGCGAAAUCAUUAGUCUUGCAGUUUGUUGUAAAGCACACAGCGUGUCCAUAGCAGGCUGGGCAAGUUUAGCAAAAAGAAAAUAUUAUUCAUAAUUGAUUCAGAGUACGCUUAAUUAAACUAGUCCGUAGCUUUCUUCCAUACACUUUAUUCAGAGGAAUGUGCAACUGCUGUGGACCUUAUGGCAUUGAAGUUUACAGCACGCUUUGCGGCAAAGCCUAGGAGCGAUGCAAGGUACAGCUGCACAACGUCGAAUGUCACUAUUGCCUACCUUGUCGAGAUUCCUGGUUCUUCUGUAGGCUCUUCAUCACUGCUGCCUUCGUGGACUUUUACCUCUUUUCCUGUCUUUGAUGGCCCAACCAUGUCGUCCUUCAUUAUUUCAAAGCAGGUCAUUACAUCAUCAACUGCGAUGUAUUCAUUAGCCAAAACAACUGCUUCUGCGUUAAAACAGGUUGCAUGCAAGUUGAGCAAUGCCUGGAGCUAUGCAGCAGUACUUGCAACACUCACCGUCACGUGCGUUCGCUGUUCACAUGUGAACUCUAAGGAGAUGCUUUUGUUGUAAAGCGACAAAUUGGACGUCGGGACACCUCAGUUCCUUCGUUGUACAGGCAGAUUCAUUGUAAUAGUCUUCGUUGUAGUGAUCUUCACAGUACGUAUGAAAGAUAGGAAUUCGGCUCAGACAUAAAUAAAGAACCCUUCACGAUAUAGGUCAUUUUGUUGUAGAGGCGUUCGACUGUAUUUCCCCUUCUGCCUUUUUUUUUUACCUGUUCUUCUGUUGUGUUGCCUGCAUCUGUUCUGCUUUAUUUGUUUCUUCCUUUUCCUGUUGAGCAAAAAGUUUUCCCCAACUGCAGCUGGCGAGGUGACGAAGCAGCGAAGAUGUGCGCCGUGGCUUGCCGUGGAUGGGUGGAGCGGUGGCGUCGUGGUGAAUAAAUGAAUUAUGACCCGCACAUUGCCAUUAUGUCGGGUGUCGAAUGGACUGACGGAAAACUGCGUGCGUGUGUUCCUUGUGCACGAACGAAACUGAGUUCACGGCGUGCCUGUCACUUGUCUCGGAACACCAUGCAAAUAUCUGUUCUUGAAAGUGAUUAAACCAUCUUUUUUACUCAA